AUGCCUCCAGAGUUCUGGAAAAAUGUUCUGUUCACGGAUGAAUGCAAGUACUGCAUCUUUGGCAUAAAAGACCGUCAGUUUGUUUGGAGAAAGCCUUGUACAGUGCUUAGUCCCAAAAAUUUAAAACCAACAGUUAAGCAUGGUGGUGGUGCAGUGAUGGUACAGUUAAAAAUGUACUUCAGGAAAUGUUUCUACCAAUUGGUUCUGCUUUUAUUAUCUGCACCAAAUAUCAUAAUUUCUGGUCCAGUUUCUAGUCCUGAAAUUUCAACUCAGACAGGCAAAUCGAAUAGUCAUUUAUCGAUACAGCAACAACAACAACAACAGCCACAUAAGUCCAAUCACAACAAUCAAGAUGCUCAGUUAAAUUCUUUAAACGUUUAUGCAUCGAACUAUGAAGCCAUUUCGAGCAAGCAAAAUCAAAAUGAACAUUUUAAACCGUCUUACAAACUGCCAGAUAUGGAAACAAAUUUUACACCCAUCCACAAUGGCAAUAGCAUAGCACCGGAAUUUGCUAGCCCACUAGGAUCUUCAACUCCACUUUUAAUGCAAUAUUUGCCACAGCAAAUUAAUGAAGGCGGCGUCCAGUAUUUACAGUUAAUCCCAACCAGACCUUUAAUGGUGCCAAUAGGUCCAUAUUUAACCGGUAACACAGGAGUACAACCUUUGACAUAUCAUCAGCAUUUGGCACCUAGCAACAGCAUUGACUACACCGCCCGACCACUUUUAUCAGCAUUACCAAUCAAUAUGCCUCCACCUGCUCCUUCUGCUCUAGUAGACGUACCUGCUUCGCCAUUACCUUCCUAUGGAAUUCAAUCGUAUGCUGGCCAUAUUUCGCCUUACAAACAAAAUCAUCGCAUAAAUAGGGAAACUAAAGACAAACCGUUAUUAGGACCUAUAACUUUAAAUCUAAAUGAAUAUAUACCAUCAACAAGCAGUCAACAUUCGCAUUCGACAUUUAAUGAUCGAGGAAGACCUUAAAAAUUCCAAUUACAUUGAUAAUUAUGUAUUUAUUAUUUCUUGAUUACAUACUUUUAAAUAACCAAAAAUUGUCUAUUGAUUGAUUGAUUGCUUGACUUCACUAGAUUUUAUUAAUACCAUACCAUACCAUACCAUUUAAUUUUACUAAUAAAGGCAAUGAGAAAUUUUUAAAAAUUUUCUCCUAUAAUUUAACAAAUAUAAAAUUAAUUGCACUUAGUUUUAUGAAAAUCUAUUUAAUUGCGAAUAUAAAAUUCCUUUCAAUAAAACAUCAUACUGUUGUUAUCAAACACAAA